AGGCAGCACUGAUACAUGGCACUGAUAGGCGGCACUGACUGGCACUAAUAGGUGGCACUGAUUGGCAGCACUGAUAGGUGGCACUGACUGGCACUGAUGGGUGACACUGAAAGGCUUCUCAGAUGGGCACUGAUAUAGCACUGAUGAACACUGACAGCUGGCACUGCUGGGGCUACACUGAUCAUCAUGGCACACUGAUCAUAAGUGCCCUGCGGCUCUCCUCUCCUGUCAGCGUGACAGCUUGAAAGGAGAGAAAUGCCGAUAACCGGCAUU